AUCGAUCGCUUGUUGUUACUGACAAAGGCGCUACUUGCCUCGUGAGCAUGCUUGCAAGGGUGUUGUUCUGUGGCACCCGUAUGUGACCUAAACUACAUGCCAUGUUACAUUCACAGUUACAGCUGCAAUGUGAGACUGGAGUGUGAACGUGAGCGCCAACUGGUAACUUUGACUGGAAUGGUGGUCAGUGACACUGACGACGCUGUUCUACAUGGAAAUCAUAAACACUAAACAAGACCCUCCUCGUGAGGGAGAAGGCUUCGCCGGUAUUUGGCAGAAAGCGUUGCGCCAGCUGCACGACCAUGGCCGGUUCCGCACCGGCCAUAUCAAAUGCAGCCUGUGUGGACAGCCGCACACGGAUGCAGCUCGGGGGCUGGCAAAGCCUUGGCUGGUCUGUGAGGUGGAGCAACCGGCGGACACCGACGUGCACUUAGUCACUGCAAAGCUUUGCAGGCUGCUGACGUGCGUCUGCGACAAGUGCCAGGCAGCGGCAGCGGCGGCAGCUGGUGCUGAGCCCGCACAGGCGAUGGGGCAGGGUGGCGGGGCCGACACAGCGGGCACGUCGCCGCCCAGGAGCGCCGGGCAAGCGAGUGGGGACGCACUGCCGAACGGCCUGCACGGGACCGCGGGCUCGGGUGAUGUGGGCAGUCCGGUGCGGCCGGCGGAGCAGCAGGCGGAGCAUGAACUACCAGGACAGCGGGUGACACGGUCGGCGUCAGCGCCUGACGUGAAACUCGCAGGGGGUGGGAGCGCGCCCGCAAGCAAGGCCGGCCUUGCCAGCAAAUUCGUGGGCUUAAUCGACCGUGUAUUGGGGGGUUGGUUGCUCAGUGCUGGUGUCAGCAGCGCGGUGGCUUUGGCAGGCACGCAGCUGCCGAAAUCAGCAGCGCAGACGCCAUGUGCUGCGCCCUCAGCAGGCGGACCAGCAGCAGCGCGCCGGGCCAGCGCGCCGCCGGCACCUACCGGCGCGUUGGAGGUUGCGGCAGAUGCACGGCUCACCUCAGGGGGCACAGCCCCACCGCCGGCACAGCCCCCGGCGCCGCGGCCGGAAGGGCAGUCGCCGGAGCGGGGGCAUCGUGCCCCCCCUCCUCCUCGUCCUCCUUCGGGGCACCCGCCGCACCAGCACCUGUAUGUGCAGGCGGAGCUGCGGUUCAACUGCGAGUACACCGCACCGGAGGAUGAGCCGGGGAUGGUGCCGAGACUUGCGCGGCGCUACUGGGUGGCACUGAUGCCAGCUGCCGCGGCGGCCGCGGUGGGGGGAGGCUUGCCACCCAACACGUCGCUGCGCGUGCUGAGCAGCCCGGAGGACGUGCGCAGCUUUCUGGAGGAAGCGGAAGUGGCGGCAGCGCUGUCGAGCACGGCCAAAGAGCUGCUGAAUAACCUGACUUUCGACACGGACAGCUUGGGCCAGGUCGCGGACGACCCCGACUCGGCGGUGCUGGUGGAGGCGCUGCGCAUGGUGGCGGUGUGGGUGCAGGAGCCGCUGGCGGUGCUGCGCAUCAAGAGGCCCCGCGGCGUAGACCCCGGCUGGAACUGCGUAACAAUGGUGGCGCGGGAGGAGGGCUCCCCGCUGCGGCAGCGCCUGCUACCCUGGUCCUUUGCGGUCCUGUCCAGCUCCCAGGUCCGCCAUCUGCGCGGCCUACCGCCGCGGCCUGCGCUGUGCUGGCUGGACGGCGGGGCGCAGGGCAAGCGGUUGCGAAGCGUGUGGGAGCUGCUGCACGCGCCGCCCAACUCAAGCAGUGUGGCCCAGCGGCUGCUGUGCCACCCAGCGCCGUCUGCCGACCGGUCUUUCCGCUUCGACCCAAGAGAUGUGUUGGCAGUGCAGCGGCUGGUUGCCAUGCUGCAUCGCCGGCAGGUGGGCACCCGCGAUAUGCGGACGGCGUUGGAGGAGCUUUUGGACGGAGACCCGCUAUACGGGCCGUCGCGGCCCGGGAGGGCAGCGGCGGGCGGCGCGGCGGCAGGUGGCGGCGGUGGUGGCUCAGCAGCGGGCUACAGUGGCGGCACAGGCUCAGGCUCAAAGGCGGGGGUUGGUGGCUCAGGGGCAGGUGGCGGCGGCUCAGCUGCGGGCGCGCCCGACCACGUGGCCGAAUUCCUCCAUGACCUGGGCAUCACUCAGGACACCCUGAGCGAGCUGGUGCACAAGCUCACAGUGGCUCGGCACGGCAACAUCGACUGGUGUGCCGCGUGCGGGCCGGCUCCCCGCUACAGGAAGAUCGCCAAAAUGAAGUGGUGCAGGCUGGCGAAGCUGACGGACGGGCGCUCGUGCGAUGACUGCGUGGAUUCCUUCUGCGCCACGUGCAUCAAGCGCGAGGGGCACAGGGAGCCGAGGCCAGGAAAACGCUGGACCUGCAAGUACUGCGAGCUCACGUGGCCGCCUAAGACCAUCAAGGACGCGUCGCAUGCCGCUGAGGAGCAGGAGCCAGGCGAGGGGGAGCAGCAGGAGGGGGAAGAGCAGCAGAGCCCGGUGCAGGCGGAGCAGGGCCUGGUGGCGCAGGAGCAGAACGAGGGCCAGGAGACGGGCCUGCAGGAGGGCGAGGGCCCGGGGGAGGAGGAGAUCCAGGAGCAGAGGGAGGGCGGGGAGCAGGAGGAGCAUGAUGAUGGCGAGGACAAGGAGGCUGCUGGUGCCAACACUGAUGAACGGGAGGGGGAGGAGGCAGAGGAGGCUUCUCCCCCGCCGCCGCGCAAGCGGGGCCGGCCUCGCGGCGCCAAGACUAGACCCGAGCAUGUCCUUCUCGCAGCGGCAGCUGGUGGCGUGGCGGGUACCGAGAUCAUGCUGUCGCGCAUGGCCACGGUCCGAGCCAAUGGGCGGCUGGCGGCGCCACUCAUGCUGCUGCCUGGUCCUGUGCAGCAGCAGCCGCUACAGCUGCAGCCGUAUGGCGCUGCCGGCGCGGGGCCCGGAGGCGGUGCCCUCGCGACUGUCUGCACCAUAGCCACGGCUGGUGACCGCGGCCGGGGACGUGGACGCGGUCGGGUGGGUGGCGGUGUGGGUGGUGGCCAAGGCCAACUGGCAGACCGUGCAGGCGCAGACGCCGGUGCAGAGCCCAGCGGCACUGCGGCAGGUCGUGCUGCUGUUCAUGCGCCCGCCUUGCCUGCACCGGUGCAUUGGGGUGCUGGCGGCGCGGCACCGGCGGCUGCCGCUGCUGCCAGUGACAGCGACAGCGACGCAGAGAUGGAGCUGGCGGCUCAAGACCUGGACCCUUUGGCUCUGGCGGCCGUGAGAGAGGCGGGCGAGCACAAUGCUCGCAUUACCGAGGACGCCAGGCGGCGGCGCCGGGAGGUGGCAGCAGCGACUGCUGCAGCUGCAGCUGCGGCAGCCCGGGCUGUUGACAUUGCGGGAGAGGGAGAGGAUGAGGAGACGUCAGUGGACCUGGUGCCUGUGGGUGUGCAGCGGGGCACAGCGGGGGGCGGGGCUGUGGCUGCGGCCACGGCGCAUCCCGCGGCAGCGGCGGCGGUGGCCAGACGGGGCGCGCAGAAGCGGAAGGCGGAUGCCGAAGUAGCACCGCCCGAGCCGAAGCGGCGCCCACCCGCCGCACCCAGCCGAGUGCAGGCCGGUCAAGGUGCCGGCGGCGGCGCGGCUGGCGCUGCCGCUGCGGCCCUGGGCGGCGGUGGCGGUGCAGGUGCCGGCCACGCGGCCAGGCCGCCCGCCACCAACCGCCGCCAGUCGGGGGCGAGCAACAGCACGGACGGCUCGGAGGUGAGCCAGUCGCAAAAGGAGGAGGCGCAGGAGCCGGCUUUGUCGCCGCGUCACACACGCGGGAUACUGCCCAGGGCCCCACGGGCGCAGGCAGGGAGGCCGCCGGUGCCUCUCGCGCCUGCGGCGGCAUCUGGCGGCGCCGCGGCCGUGGGUAGUAGGCCGAAGCGCAAGGCGGCGGCCCUGGCCCAAGAGCGUGUGGCAAGGGCUCUCGGGCCCCAGCCCAUGUUCGCGCCUGAUGAUGAGCCGCCUAAGAAGCGCAGGCGUGGGCCUGGCCCGUUGCAAAAGCCGGCUGUGGAGGUCAUCUCCCUCUGUGACGAAGAGGACGAGGAGGAGGAGGAGGAGGAGGAGGAGGAGAUGGAGGAGGAGACCAACCGGGUGGUCCUCCGAGGGUCAGGGCGGGGUGGCGGGGGCCGAGCAGCAGUCGCGGCAGCAGCCGCCGCGCCUGCACCUGGGCCCAGGGCGGGGCCGGCUGGCGGCCAGGGCCACGUGGCGGCGGCGGAUGUGGGUCGUGGCGGCGGUGCUGGGCGUGGUGGGCGUGGUGGAGGUGCUGCUGCUGGUGCUGUUGGUGCAGGGCCCGGCCGCGGGGCCACAGCGCCGCUCAGGCCUGCGGCUGUGGGAGGAGCAGUAGCCGCAGUUGGCACUAAGGGAGGCAGGGCCGGCCUGCAGCCGCUACGCCCCCACGGUGCAGCGAACGCGGCGGCGCCUCAGCCCAGCAGCAACACACUGGCAGUGGCUGGUGCGAUUGACCUCCUGAGCCUGCGACAUAUGCGCGUGCCCAGUCAAGAGGCGCAUCGGCCACAGCCUGGCGCACCGGCGCGUGCUGCUGGUGCUGGAACUGCCCCUGUUGCGGCCAUAGCUCUCGCAGCGGCGCCUGCAGGACCGCUGCUGCCCGGCCUAGCUGCUGCCGGUGUUGCUGCCGGUAUGCUGGUGCCGGGUGCCGCUGGCCGCGACACGACCCUGGCCGCCGCCGGCGCUGGCGGGGCGGCUGGUACGGUUGUCACCGGCGGCGGCUGCUGCACGCUCCGAGACUUGGACGCUGCUUUCGAUGUUAUUUGGGAGGGCGUGAAGCUGUUGGAGGCGCAGCCCGGGCAGCUCGUGACGCGGGAGCAGGCGUUUGCCUUUUAUCGGUUCGUGUCGAAUGACGUCUUUGGCGCCGUCUAUAACGGCCCACCCCCAAGCGCAGAGUUGGUCCACACAUUUGAAGCCACCCUGAACGCGUUUGAGUGGCUGAAGGCGCCGCCGCCCGGCUUCGGCGAUUUCUGCGUGGGACCCGAGGACCUGGCCGGCUACCGGCAGAGCCUGCAGUCCGCCGUGGACAAGGCGCAAGCGGCGGCAGCAGCAGAGGCAGCGGCAGUGGUUGUGGCACAGCGCAAGGCCUGAAGCGGGUGGGGACUAGGAGGGGCGGGGUUAGCAGCGCUCGGCUCCGUGGGGCCAGCAUGCCUGCAUGUACACACCGCGCCUGGCUACAGUAUUCUCCAGCCCAUGCGCGCAUUGAGAAGCGACUGGUUAUCUGUUGUGAUCCUGCGUAAUGCAUACCCAAGCGGGUUUCCAAUUGCGGCGUGUGGUACGUUUUUCUGGUGCCUUGCAAGCUUGCUGAUGCGCACUCAUUAUGUAUGCAUUCGCCUUGUACACGCAUUGUCAUAUCUUAACUUGGCGGUGGCGGUUACGGUGUGUUUCAGGAGCAUCAGCAGUUGUCUUGUCAACUUGGCCUUUUGGGGUGGCGCUGUACACGGCUGCAGGUCAAGCGAAAGCACUGGGUACUUGGCUGUGAUGGCGUGCGAGCGGGGCGGCGGGCGUAGCGUGAUGCGGGGGUACUGCAUGUUGACCGUUUUGUGGUGAGGAUGAUUCGUCGUGACCAUAGUAUAGAAGAUUUCGUAAUGCCAGCAGCUAACACAAGCACCGAAACGGGAUCUUCAAUGCGGGCGGGGGGUCCUACAUGUACAUGCUGAUGGGGGCUAUCUGCUAGCGCCGUGUGCGUGUAUGUGUGGUGAUGGGUGUUCCCCUUUUGGGUGUUAAUGCAGUGUCGGUAACAUUAACAACACGGCGGCUGAGCGGCGGAGCGCGGUCGCAUGAGGCGCGUUGCAUGCGGAUCCGGCACCCGGCGCAAAGAAGCUUGCGGACGUAGAAUUCGUGCAAUGCACAGUACGGUACGGUAUAGAUGUGACAUGACAAGGAGUCAAGGACAGUCCCAUGUUCCGAAGUGCGUACGGUAUUCCAGGGUUGCAACCCGGAUACCCUGACGUAUUCACGUGGCAACUCAAUGCAAGUUUGCAGUACAUCACGGAUUGUGCAAGCUACGAUAUCACGUAGUAAGCUCACAAGCGCAAUUAAGGAGGCCAGGUAUGACUGGCAACAAUGUGCAACCCUUGGCUGUUGACCCAGCAACUCUCCU